AUGAAAUAUUCAAUAGAUGAUUUAAUUUUUUCAAAAGAUAUUGAUGAAGAUCUUUAUUGUCAACUAUGUUGUAAUCUUAUGAAUGAAUCAGUUUCGUGCCCAAAUGGUCAUUGUUUAUGUAAAGGCUGUUUUCAUAAACAAAUUGAAACUGUAAAAUCAGAAUGUCCAAUAUGUUGUAUUCCUGUUACAAUUCAAACUUUAUGUAAAAAUAUUUAUCUUCAAAAACAUAUAAAUAAUUUAAAGGUUUAUUGUCCAAAUAGUUUUUUAAAUAAUGAUAAUAAUAAAUUAAUUUUAGAUGAAAAAAAAGGAUGUAAAGAAAUAUUAACAAUUGAACAAUUAAAGAAUGGUAAACAUUUAAAAGAAUGUAAAUUUACAUUUGUUUCAUGUGAAUAUAAUGAAAAAUGUGGUAAAUAUAGAAUGAAUGAGAUAGAGAAUCAUCAAGAUCAAUGUAAUUAUUAUCCAACCAAAUGUUUCUAUUGUAAGAAUGAUUUUGAAAGAAUGAAUCUUAGUAAUCAUUUACUAUUGGAUUGUCCAUUGGUGAUUAUAGGAUGUAGAUAUAAAGAUGGUGGAUGUAAUGAAACUUUUCCACGUCAUGAACUUUCAAAACAUUUAGCAUUAGAGGAUAAUCAUCAGCAAUACAUCUCCAACAUUAUCAAUGGUCAUCAAUCACUUUUGAAAUCAACUUCAAAACAAUUGAAACAACUUCGAUCAAGUUGUGAAGAAUUAGAAACCAAACUAAUUAACAAUGAUUACUCUUUCAAUGGUAGAUGGAUAAUUAAACAAUUCUCUGCUCAUUUCGAUCUAUUCAAAGAGAACCCGUUCACAAAUCUAAUAAUAUCACCACCAAUCUUUUUAACACCAACAAAAGAAUUUUCAUUAUCUCUAUCAGCUGAUACCGUGGUAAACUCGGUCAAUUGUAUUUCUGUAAUUUUAUCAAAACAAUUUCAAUCCUCUUCAACCAUUAAAUUCUCUUUUGAAAUUACAAAUCAAAGUCAAACUAAAUCAAUCAAAAAAGAAGAGAAAAAGAAAUUCUCUCAUCUAAUUGGCUCCUCUCAUUCAAUAGAAUUUCCAACCUCUGAAAUCUAUAAUAUUCAUAAUAAAUUCAUUGUAAAUGAUCAAUUAAUUAUUAAAUUUAAUAUCAAAAUUUUAUCAAUUCAAGAUGAACAACAAGAAAUUGAAGAAAGUGAAGAAAAUUUUAAUAAUACUUUAAUAACUGAAUUGGAAGAAUAA